AUGCCUAGCAGUGGAGUGAAUGAUUUUGAUUUUCAAAAACAGAUUGGAUCUGGCUCAUUCGGAGAAUGUUGGCUCGUUCGGAGGAAGGCAGAUCAAAAGAAUUAUGUCAUCAAACAAAUUAAUGUCGUUGGAAUGACUCCGAAGGAACAGCAGGAUGCUCUAAAUGAAGUGAACAUCCUAUGUAAAAUGAAUCAUUCAAACAUUAUUGAAUAUUUUGACUCAUUUCUAAGCGUUGAUGAUCGUAAAUUAAAUAUUGUUAUGGAAUAUGCUGCUAAUGGGAAUUUGUAUGAACUCAUUCAACAACAAAAGGGAAAAUUAUUGCACGAGUCUGAUAUUUGGAAAUAUUUCAUUCAAAUUCUGUCAGCACUCAAUCACAUUCAUAGCAUGAAAGUUCUUCAUAGAGAUAUUAAAUCAAUGAAUAUCUUUCUAGAUUCUCAAAACAAUGCAAAAAUUGGAGAUUUUGGAGUUUCCAAAGUUCUCGAUUAUACAAAACAGCUCGCACACACAGUUAUUGGAACUCCCUUCUAUUUGAGUCCAGAAAUGUGUGAGAAUUUGCCCUAUGAUGAAAAAUCAGAUGUAUGGGCCUUAGGAUGUGUCUUGUAUGAAAUGGCUACAUUGAAACAUCCAUUCGAUGCCAAAAAUCAAGGAGCCCUAGUGUUGAAAAUCAUUACUGGACAAUAUCCACCGCUGAGUUCCAUCUACUCGUCGGAUUUAUCCUCAACAAUUAAGAGUUGUUUGAGUAAGAAACCAAAACAAAGGCCAACCACCUAUCAAUUGUUGAAUCAUCCCAUUCUUGUGAAGAAGGCAAAAGAAUUAGGUCUCAGUCUUGCUCCCUUAUUAACACCUUCGACACCUCCUCCUACUACGGUUCCAUUGCCAAAUUUCAGUACCAAUAAUAACUCUCCUACUUCUUCGGUCAGUAGUCAUGACAGAAGAUCCUCCACACCGACAACAUCUGCCACCAAUCAGAAAGUCAUUAUUCACGGUGACACACCCGAGAAAAAAGUGGUCAUGAUUCGACCCUCUCAUCGACCAGCUGCAAGUAACAGCAACAUUGCAGGAGGAACCAAUCAUUCAAAUCGUCCCAAUAGUGCUGCAUCUGUGAAGAGCAUAGUACCUCCUUCCACUCAUGCAGUAAAACGAGUUGGCUUAAAAGUUGACACAAAAUCACCACAAACUCCUCUGGUCAAAGAAAAUGCUGAUCUCGUGAGAAAUUUACCUAAAAUUCCACUCAAACCUUCGACAUCCAAUCAAGCCCUUCCCAUUGAGUCAGAGUCAUCAAAUAAUGGUUCAAAAGGUGACUCCAAACCACUCGUAGAGCAACAAGAAGAAAUAUCUACCAAUGGAAAUUCGAACAAUUCACUCACUUCGGCAACAUCCUCAGACCUUUCACAGCCUGUGACCAUUAAGCAUGAGAAAUCAAAAGAGAGGUACAUUAAUCGGAUAUUGGAUAAAAUUACACAGAAAGAGAAUGAAAUUAAUGAAAUCAAAACACUCUGCAAGGAAAAGGUCUCUGAAACAGUACUUCAUCAACUCAUUCACUUCUUCAAAGAGAGUGUUAAAAACAAUGAAGAGGUAUCUGAAGAGGAUAUUAAUUUGUUUGUCUUUGGAAAGAUUUCAUUCCAACAAGUGGAUAUUAUUCAACAUGUUUACAAGAUUAUUUAUAUACAGAGUGCAAUUGAUGACUUACAACAGGAAAUUGAAGAGUGUCUCUGCAAACAGUUGAAUGAUGCUUGA